GAUUUUUUUUAAAUUACCGUUGUGAUGUGUAGAAUUUCAAAAAUAUGGCUAGCCUGAAAGUCACAUAUAUACUGUGGCUGUUUUUUGGCUGGCUUGGUAUACAUCACCUCUACCUAGGCAGGUUAAAUCAUGCCAUUGUGUGGUUCACUACUGUUGGUGGUGGUUUUGGUAUUGGUUGGCUAAGAGACUUUUGGCGCAUUCCCCACUAUGUAGAAUGGGCCACAGGAAGUGGUCCUUACCAGAAGAAACAUCUUCAGAGAAUUGCACAAAAUGUAGCACCAUCAUGCAGUAUGUUUCGUCUAGCUGGAAUUUUCACAAUGGGACUUGUAGGAGGGGCUGUAUUGUCUGGAGUUGUGCCUGAUUACACAUCACAAGAUGCCACCAAAUACCCUGUGUAUUACUUCAUCUGUCGAGCAUUAUCUAAACUUUUGUACAUACUAGGAGGUGUUGUAGGAGUGUAUUUGGUUGCUAAUAUAGGAGAGUUACAAACACCACUAAAAACCCCAUUCUUUGGAUGCAUCUUCUCUUUGCCGUGGGUUAUAAGUGAAGGAGGAAGUGUAUCACUGGCACCAGUUUUUGCAGGAUUAUCAACAUGGCUUAGAGGAUUAAGCUGGAGACAGUUACAGCCAGGAACAGUAAAUGGUGUCAAAAGAAAGACAGAGCAUUGUUACAAUAUCUGUGUGUAUUGUGCUGCCUGUGGGAUAUGGAUAUCUCUACUGGGAUAUGGCUUGUAUUUCAACGCCCACAUUAUAAUUGAAGGGGAGGAGAAAAUACCAUUGCGAGAAGCCAUUUCCAAUUUUUUCAUCCCUGCUUGGAUACGGACAAUGGAUUCUCUUAGAAAAUUAUUCUUUGUAUACAGACAUGCAGGCUGGAGCAGAAUGUACUCUGAUGCGAAAGAAUUUUUUGACUUUUCAGGAGAAACCAAUGCUUACAGUGUUCUUGGAAUUGACAAAUGGACAAGCCAGAAAGAGAUAACUAAACGCUGCAGGACAUUGUCCAGAGAAUUCCACCCUGAUCGUUUUAAAGUAGAGAAAGAUAAGGAAUAUGCUCAGACCAAAUUUAUAGAAAUACAAGAAGCAUGUAACACACUAUCAACAGUCAAAGCCAGGCGUGCUAAGUUUAGCAGCCGCUCAGAAACAGCAGGUCGUGAAACCAAUCCAUUUAAUUCAAAUAGGUUUAAGAAGGAUAGGGAUCUAUAACAGGAUUUAAUUGAUUAAACUUUUACUGCAUUUACUAGUUAUCUUUAUUUAAUAAGUAUGCUCUCUUUGAUAAAAAAUAAUGGUCCUUUUAUUUGAAGUCAUUGCCACAUUGGGUGUAUGAACAAGAUUAAAAAUAUAUUCUUGGAAACUGUAUGUGUUAAGCCUAUAAUUGAUUUUACUGUUGUUUUUAUUUACACAUUAUUUUGUUUUAAAAGCAUUAUAAAAACUAGUCAAAAAAGGCAUUACUUUAUUUAUUAUAAUGUUAUCUUUUAAAUUUUGUUAUAGUAUCUACAUUAAUUUGUGCAUGUCCAUUAUUUAAUGGAAAUUAAACAUAACUUAUUUUAUUAUAAGAUAAAACAUAACACAGUAUUGUUCCUAAAUUUGACAGUGAAUAGAUC